UGGCUGGCGCAGUUUGCCGAGCCCAGCGAGGCCGUCGACGGCGUGCUGCAAUACCUCAGGGAAGACCAGCGAGAAGAAAUAAGGGCGCUUCUGUGCGCGUCGAUGGAGGAUUACACUCCGUCCGACGUGAACCUCGAGGACUUUUUCCAGAAUGGCAAGUACGAAUGCGAGGCAGCCAGGAAAGCGGGCUUACCGCGGUGGGUACUCGGUGCUCUGGCAAAAGGUAAGCUGGCCCCGUUCAUCAGCGAUGUCCUGAUACUAAGAAGUACCUUCCUCCACGUUCAGGUGGAGAACAUGCAGAGACCCAGCGCUCAUAGCGCGGCUUUGCCCAUUCGACAAGUUAUCUAUGGACUGCUUCUGAAAGUAUCUCAGAAUACUGAAGCUGCUUCUCCAAGUAAGCAGACCAGCGAGCUGCCAGUUGUAUGUGAAUUUGACAGACUCCAAAAGACGCUGAAAAAAACGUUUGUUCAAGCAGCAAGCCUACCCACAGAUUUUUGUGAUGAUCAUUUUCCUUUGGACAAGUUAAUGGAGGUGCCCAUGUCAUGCCGUCAGAUGCUUUUGCUGAAGACUCUUGGAGUGAACAUGAGUUUCCUAGAAUCUAUUCCCAGUCACUUACAGCUCCCUGUUGCUGUAACCUGUUACUGGAUAUGUUAUUCAGAACCAAAAGUUAAGCUGCAUCAAUUAAAGGCUUUACUUCUAAUGAUAGUAUCUGGAGAACUGCACAGGAUAACAAAUGAUCCAGAUUCCACAGUUGUACAUGCUGAAGGUGACAGAAUUGCAUACAACGAAUUUCUGGAAUGGAAGGAAAAGAAGUUGCAAAAUAAAGACUUUGAUUUAGAUGCUGCACAUGGUUUUUGUCAGUGGCAGUGCUGUCUUCAGAUGGGAUUGUAUCUCAACCAGCUACUUGGCACUCCGCUCUCUGAGCCAGACCUAAGUAGGCUUUACAAUGGGCCCCUUGUGCACAGACUGUAUCAAGAGCUUAAAUCAACACCUUCAGUGGAAAAUCUGUUUAGUUCAUCUCCAAAAAUUACUCGGCUUUAUCAGGUUUUGUUAAAUACGGUGGAGUCAACUGUACCUGCAGACUUCUUUCAGAAGGUGACCAAGACCAAAUCCGAGUCCUGCAAGAAGAAGAAAGCAUCUAAUAAGAAAAAGGCCAGCAGGCCAAAGGCUAUACCAGAAACUCAGCAUUUAUGCAAUGUUAAUCGGUUUGCAUCACUUCGAGUGGAUGACUGAAAGUGUUAUUGCUGAAAUAACUUUUAAUGCCAUGCAGAUGGAAGAAAUUACAUUAAAAUAUGUGACUACUGGAAUUUGCUGUUUUCAUGCAAGUUCCUGAUGUGAUCUUUACCAACAAUUCUUGCUUUGGGGAAUUUUUUUUGUAUACUUUUUUAUAACUAACACUUGUAUAAAA